AUGUUCUCUGUGCAGAUUGAUACAAUACAGGAUAUUACCUCGCAGGACCAGUGUGCUGUUGUUCUUAGGUAUGUCACAGAUGUUAUUCAUGAAAGACUUGUUGCAGUUGUUAAUUGUGAAAGAACUACAGGAGAGUAUUUUGUUCAAAUUUUAAAGAAUGUCCUAGAAAAACUUGAACUGGAUGUAAGCAAUUCCAGUGGUAAAGCCACAAACGGAGCUUCCAACAUGCAGGGUCAUUAUAAGGGAUUCUCUGCUUUUCUUUCUUCCCAUUCACCCAAUCAAGUUCAUGUAUGGUGUUAUGCACAUGUUUUGAAUUUAGUACUGGCAGAGACAACUGGAGCAGUAAUAGCAAGUGCCUCGCUUUUCAACUUAUUGAAUGAUAUUGCAGUCUUUAUCAGAGAACCUGAUAAGCGAAUGAUUAUUUGGGUGAAUUUAAACAAAACUUCUCGCCAUCAACGCCUCUCUCCUAUCGGAGAAACUCGCUGGUGGGCUAAAGAUAAUGCUUUAAAAAAACUAUUUGGAAACUUUGGCAAGCCUGAUAAUGCCCGAUACACAGAUGUUCUGCUAACUUUGGCUACCAUACAAGAACAUGAAACUAUGGAAGCAGAUGUUCGCAGCAAAGUCAAAGCAUACAUUGAAUCACUACUCAAAUAUGAAACUAUACUGACUGCUCAAAUAUUUCUUCGUAUAUUUGAGCCGACUACUCCCCUUUCGAAAUAUUUGCAAACAAACAGAAUGAUUAUUCUCUCUGCGUACAGAAUGGUUGUUACUACUGAAGAGAGUCUGGAUAAAAUAAACAGAGAUUUUGGAGGUAUUAAGGUGGCUAAUGAACAGCUGGAAGAUGAAGAGAACGCAGAUUUGGAGUUGGAGGUGCAGGCAGAAUUGCCACUGAAAAGAGUUAGAAAGAGGAAAACGAUGCCUGGCGAGAAGGCUUAUGAUGAAAGGCUGAAUGACGCAGAGAGGGCUUAUGAAGUUGAAGAACAGCAAUAUUGA